UCGCAUCGAAACCUUGCCUUUGAGUUUCUCAUUGAAGCAAGCCGACCGUCGACGUUGAAACACAGUUCCACCGAAGCCCCCUCCCACCCCCCGUUUCCCGCCACCAGAUCGCGCACGGACUUGACUGAAGCAAGAUGGCGUUUGUGCGCGCGCGUGAGCAGGACGAGCAGGGCUUGUCGGCCGUGUCGCAGCGGUUUUCGCUGCUGCUGCUCGAGCACAACGAAGCCUACCUUGAGGACUUUUCCGUCUUCUACUACCCGGCUGCAGCGACCGAGGACGAGGCUGUGCGCAGGAAACUCGGAGGCCGUUUGAGGCUUUGCUCAAUGUCGCUCGUGUUCGACCCGCAGGACGAGGCGUACCCAAUCAUGAAAUUCCCGUUCAAAAAGUGCCGUGGCAUUGGCAAGUGGGCGGGCUCGCUCAAGAGUCGACUCGACCUGCGCGGCGAUAUUCUCGCCGUCGUGGCAGAUGAGGUGGUGACGGCGCGCGAGCACAACAUUGUGGCGCCGUACACAUUCACCAAGACCCCUGGCGUCGAGUACAAGUUUGCGCUCCGCUAUGCACAGUUUGCGCAAGUCUACCCGCAAAUCCGAGAGCUAUAUCGCGUGAGCACACUGUCGACUCGCGAGCGACGACAGGAAAUGGCGCUCAUUGAGGCGCGGCGGCGAGAGCUCAGUCCCUUCGACCACAGCUGGCUGGAAGACCUCGCUGAGCGCAUUGUGACCGAGGUGUCUGUGGACCGCGUCACCCCGCUUGUCAGCAAUCGCGGGCGACUGUUGCUGACGAGCUCGCGAAUUUACUUCCAGCCAUUCAACAAUGUCGAUCCCGUGCCCGUGCGCAAGUACCGCCUCGGCUCUGUUCAGCGCAUUGUGAAGCGUCGCUACCUCUUGCGCCAGAUUGGUCUUGAAUUGUUCUUAAACAAUGAUACCAGUCUCUUCUUUGCGUUUGGCUCCCAAGAAGAGCGGGAUCGCUUUCACGACCAGCUGUUGCUUCAGCCAUCCAUCAACGUUCAGCCCUCGGACACGGAGAACUUGACUUUGAGAUGGCAACGGGGCGAAGUGUCAAACUACGACUACCUUUACGCCCUCAACUCGUUGGCCGAUCGUAGCGUGAACGAUCUGACGCAGUAUCCCGUCUUCCCUUGGGUGAUCUCAGACUAUACCAGCGCUAGUCUUGACCUGAACUCGCCGUCCACGUUCCGCGACCUGACCAAGCCCAUCGGCGCUCUUGAUCCUCAGCGCUUGGAGAUGCUCCAACAACGCUACGACGAAAUGCCAGAACCCAAGUUCUUGUAUGGCACCCACUACUCCACGCCUGGUUAUGUUCUCUACUACCUCGUUCGUGAAGCACCCGAGUACAUGCUGUGCCUGCAGAAUGGUCGGUUUGAUCAACCCGACCGCAUGUUCUGCAGCGUCGCCGAGACUUGGAAGAGCGUUCGAAGCCAGUCCGGCGAUGUCAAGGAGCUGAUUCCGGAAUUCUACAGCGAGUCGGACUUUCUGCAAAACAAGAACGGCCUCAAUCUCGGGAUGCGUCAAGACAUGUCGCGAGUGAACGACGUUCAACUGCCUCCAUGGGCGAAGAACGCAAGCGACUUUACAGCGAAGUGCCGACAGGCUCUUGAGUGCGACUAUGUUUCUCAGCGCUUGCACCACUGGAUUGAUUUGAUUUUUGGCUACAAGCAGCGCGGUCCUGAAGCUGUCAAGGCAGCCAACUUGUUUUACUACUUGACCUAUGAAGGUGCUGUUGAUCUGGACGCCAUCACCGACCCCGUGGAGCGUUCAUCGCUGGAAGCUCAAAUCCACGAGUUUGGUCAAACGCCCAAGCAGAUCUUCACGGCGCCUCACCCAGCCCGCCGAGUUCAAUCGAGCACGGUGAGCGAUGCUCCUUUGCCGAGUUCCACCCCAGCAACUCCCACGACGCGCCAUGCAUGGGGCAACAGCAGUAGCGGCUCAACAGCGACUGACACACCAACUCCUCGCCACGCAUGGGGCAGCAGCGCUACCAACUCAGUUGCCAGCGACACGCCGCAACCUGCGCAGAUCAACUCGCCCUUGCGCUCGGCCUCUGCCACUGGCUCAUCGACCGCAUUCUCAUUUUCCUCAAUGUCGUCUGCGCUGCCGGAACAGCGCACUGCUUUGCCUGCUUCGCCUGCUCCGGCAACUCCCACUCGCACACGCCAAGACGAUGAUCUUGACUUUGUUUUGAACAUGGCCUCUUCCGGGUCUGGCUUUGCAGCGGGGCGAUCAUCCCUCUCCAGUUCCAGCUUUAGCGAGACCCCAAAGUCCGCAUCCGGGGCUUCGACCUUUGCAAACGCGCCCACUCCGACGCGGCAUAGCACGAGCAGCGCGAGCUCCGGCCGACCCUCGAUCAGCGCAGCGCCGUCUGUCGACACGUCAUCGCAAAGUGCGUGGUACUCGAACGUGUUGCAGCUGCGUCUGCAGUCUAGCGCCAAGCUUCACCGGCUAAACGUUGCUGCUGUCAAACUGUCCAAAGACGGCGAAACAUUGUUCUCUGCUUCACAUGACUAUUCGCUGAAAAUGUUCUCGCUUGCCGACGACCGUCAGUUGCGCAGCAUCAACAUUUCCGAGAUGGCCUUGUCCUCUUGCGCUCUGGAUCAAGACGGCAAGGGUGUUAUUGUUGGGUCGUGGGACAACAAUCUAUACUACUACUCGAUUGAGUUUGGUCGCAUCACCGAGUCGUGGAAUGGUCACGAUGAUGCUAUUUCCUGCCUGGCGUUGGGUUCUCGCAUUUUGAUCACUGCUUCUUGGGAUUCGACCGUGAAGCUCUGGAAUGCCGGUAACAUCGCGUCCGGACGUCGGGGCUCGAUUGGCUCGUCCCUUUUGUGCGAGUUUGUCGAUCACGACACGGAAGUGAAAUGCGUGGCUAUUUCCCCCGAUGAGCGAGUCGCGAUUUCUGGCGCUGCAGAUGGAACGGUGAUCAUUUGGGACCUCGAGUCCUUCUGCCUUGCCAGGACUAUAUCGGCACAUAACGAGGCAAUCAAUGCGGCCGCGUUCAGCUCUGACGGCUCGCAAAUUGUCACCACAAGCAAUGAUUGCACGGCGAAAAUUUUCAACGUCAGCGAUGGCCAGCUUGUGUUGUCGGUCACCACCGAAGAGGUCUUCCGAUCGUUGGUUUGGGACGACACGAUUGUGUUGGCUGGUACUGCUUCUGGAAACCUGGUCGCGUAUGACCUGCGCAAUAACCAGAUGCUGAUGACACUCAAGGGGCAUGAUAGUGCCAUCACUUCUAUCGAUGCUUCCGCUGAUGGAUCAACUGUGGUGACGGGAUCCGAGGACGGAAUGGUUCAAAAGUGGCGUGCUUCGGGGUAGCGUUUGUUUCACUCUGUUUUGUCAUGCUUUUGUACUUUCAUACAACACACCGUCAUAACCGACAGUCUUCCUUGCUAUUACAUGAAACAAUAUUGUUCUAUUU